AUGGAUAAUAGAUCUGCUGAGUGUGCCAAGUUAGGGAAAAGUGCCCUGAAUGGUCUUAAGAUUAAAUAUGGUGCUGCAAAAGCAUAUGAAUGUAAUAUAUGUAAAAAGGUCUUUGUUAAAAAAUGGAGCUUAAAUGCGCAUAUCAAGUUCCAUUCAGGUAAGAAACCUUAUAAAUGUGAUGAUCAUUUUGAGGAAUCUCAGUUUGCAUCACUAUGCAAAGAUAGGAAAAAACUAAGAAAAACUGCAUUACCAACACUCUUUAGUAUUCCAAAUCCACCACCAUCUGUAACUGACAAGAGGAUAAGAGAAAUAAGAUGUCCAAAACCAAAUACCCAAUUAGGAGGAAACCAAAUGACAAAAGUUCAUUCAUUGGAUGCUCUUGAUAGGAACUGCUGCCUUUUAGUUGACGAAAUGGAAAUAGCUUCAUAUCAAGAUUUUGAUACAUCGUCUAAGUCAUUCAUUGGAAAUGUUACUUUAGGAAAACCGUGCAGUCGCUAA